AUGUCUGACAACACUGAGCAGCCUAAAUGUCCAGUAGAUCAUUCUACAAGACAGUCCUGGCUUUCAAAGCUAACUACAGGCGCUGGUGGACCCAAGAAGGAUUCCGAGCAUACCCAAACAAACCCAAUCUCAUCUCAAUCAACCACACAAGAGCCACAAGUAUGUCCUGUCAACCAUGAUAGUCGGUCAACAUGGCUAAAUAAAGUAUCAGUUAGCGUUAACACUCCAGAUACAGCAGUUGAGAUACCAAACCAGUCGCCAAGCACCACAACCACUUGCGAUUCAUCAACUAUUUCAAACACAUUACAAGACACAACCACAUCCAACAUCAGCUUACCCACUGAGCGAGAAAUCAGUUCCAUCCCCCGUACUUCAUCUAAUCAAAACUGGAUCUACCCUAGUCAAAAGCAAUUUUUCGAAGCCAUGCAACGCAAAAAUUGGAACCCCGAUUCACAAGAUAUGAAAGUCAUUGUUCCUAUCCACAAUUUGGUUAAUGAACGAGCUUGGAAACAUAUCACCAUGUGGGAAGGCUCUCAUUACCAAGAAGCUAUCAAACAAUGUGGUGGUAUUACCCUCACUUCAUUCAAGGGCGAUUCCAAAAAAUUGACGCCAAGAGCAUGGAUAAAACUGUACAUAUGGCGCCAGCCACCGCCCUUUGAUAGACAUGAUUGGACUAUUAAUCGAUGCGGUAAAGAGAUCGAAUAUGUUAUUGAUUUUUAUAAUGGUGAUGAUAACUCAGGACAAGUUUGGCUUGAUGUUAGACCCAAAUUGAAUAGUAUUGAAGGUGUCAAAUUACGAUUAGCUAAAGCAUUUGGAUUCAACUAA